AUGUUGAAGCGUGCUCUACACGAAGAUUCGCCGGAAGAGCCGCCGUCCAAACGCAUACGGCAGCCAGACCGCCUCUCGUCUCUCAGCGAUGAACUACUCCUUCACGUCCUGAGCUUUCUCUCCAUCCCAUCCCUAAUAACGUGCCAGAGAUUCGCUGCGCUUGCGGGAGACUCGGAGCUAUGGAAACGCAAGUACUACUCCCGCUGGGUAUGGCCGCGGGCCCGGCGGAUUCGACAGUUUAAGCAAGGAACUGGAACUACGGCCAGGAGGUCGAUUGAAUAUUCGCCUCGCGUGUCGAACUGGUUUAGCCAUGGCCCGUUGACGAAAGUGGGCGAGGAUAGGAACUGGAAGGGCCAGUAUCGACUUCAACAUAACUGGUCUAGGGGCUCCUGUCGUGUUACUGAGGUGGAAGUGGCUCAACACCCGCUCGCGCCUGUGGUGGUCAAGCUAGAGCACGGAGUAGUCUUUACAGCUGAUGCGGAAAAUGGGCUCCGAGCAUGGUCGAUCAAGGAUACAAAAACGUGUCUGGCCACCACGUCGUUUGCUGGAGUAGGGGAUGGCGACGGGGUCUCUGGGGCCCCAACUGCGGUUGCGGUGACUCCGGACGAUCAGAAGAGAGGUAGAUUCGACGUCACGGUUGGGUUUGAACAUGGCGGUAUAGCGGUUUACUCGUUUACCUCUGGACUCAAGGGGGAUACUUCGUUUGAGCUUCGACUCUGGCAUCCGGACUCGGCAGAGACCGCCAUCACGGCACUGGCAUCGCACAAGGAUUUCAUACUCAUUCUAUCAGAAGAUAAAGUCCUCUACCUCUAUCAACUGUCUCGGCAGGAGUCUAAGAUAACGCCGGAUGAGCAGACGCACAUACUGAUCGCAUCACUCGUAGCGAAUAACAUCCAGUCACCGUUCUCUCUGUCCGUGAGAACGACUUCCACCCAUGCCAUCGCAUCGGUCACCUAUACGUUUCCGCGCAUAGGCUGCGGCUGGUCGGUUGGGAUCCAGGAACUCUACUGGAGCAAGGAGGGCGGCGACCUGACGUCUCGGCUCGCAACGACGGUGGAUUCCCAGUAUAUAGGGAGCACUCUUGCUGAGCGGCCUGCAAGUCCAAGUCGACCGUCGGUAUUCGAAUCACCCUCCACGCAGACUCCCUCACUAAGCUAUACGCAACCACCGACUUCACUCUCAUACUCGCACCCCUAUCUACUUGCAUCACACGCCGACAACACCCUUACCAUGUACCUGGUGGUAUCGACGGUCGACAAGCUGGCGAUCAAAACCGGCCGUCGACUGUGGGGUCAUACGUCUGCCGUCUCUGGCGUGCAGGUCAGCCCCCGAGGCAAGGCAGUGUCCGUCAGCACGAAGGGAGACGAGAUCCGCAUCUGGGAGCUGGAAGACGUGAUAUCGUCCCGUCCGGCGUCGAAGGGAGCGCUGCUGGGAGACCGAAGCGUCCAGCUCAGCCCGGAGCCUCGACGGACGAGACCAAGCCCGUUCAGCGUGAUAUCUCGAGCGGUCGAGAGACAGGUCGCUGCGAUGGAGGGCAGACGAGGCAUCUCCUCGGAGGUCAGCCUGUCCUGUAUCAAGGGCGCGGUCGAGUUUGACGAUGAACAGGUGGUCGUCCUCCGCGAGCAGCAAGUCGGCACGCAGCUGCUAGGUUGCUACGACUUUACAUAG